UCAGGAUCCAGGGGCAGGCCUGAAAGGCCCCAGAUGUCCCAUCAGAGGAAACUAGCACCAGAUUCCCUUCACGGGGAGGGGUGCAGGAGCCUGCAGGUGUCUGGGAGUCUGAUGGGUUCUUUCAAGGCAUCGCCAGCUGAGGGAGGGUCUCCAGCUGACCAAGCAAAGGGGUGGGGGUGGGCAAGCCCUAAGACUGGAGUGUGAGGGAUCCACGCUGAGCCUUGCCUGGCCCAACCCUCAGGAGAACCAGGGCCGCUUCUCUGCGAGGUUCUCUGCCUUGUCCCCUCGGUGCAGGGGCCAGCGCUGUGCUGUCCGCAGUCCCUGGACGGCCCUGCGGUGACACUGAGCUUUCUGUCCUUCUCUGUCCUUGAGAGCUGCGGAUCCUUUUGUUUUAAAAUAAAUGAAUGGAUGAAUUUUAUUUAUUGAGAAAGCAGAGGGACAGAGUGACAGGAGGGAGAGAUCUUUGUCUAUCGGUUUACUCUUCAAAUACCUGCACCAGCUGGAAGCGAGCCAGAACAAGGCCAGGCGCCUGGAGCUCCAUCCAGGUCUCCAAAGUGGGUGGCAGGGGCCCAAGCCCUUGGGCCAUGUUCAUUUGUCCUCCCAGUGUAGUACCAGGAUGGUAGGUCAGAAGCAGAGCAGCCAGGACUCAACAAGAAAUGCUGGGACCAAGAGCAGAGCCUAGGUGCUUGCUCUGGGAUGCAGGUCCCCACUGCUGAGCCCAGCGCCUGCCCCGACCGCGUGCCGGGUGCUCCGGGAAGCAUGGUCCGUGCUUAUGCCCUGAGUCAAGUCUGAAAGGGCAGUGCUGUGUGGAGGUGGAGUCAGGUCCUGUUCUGAUCCUCCCGAGCUCAUCUGAGAUGUGGGGACACAGCUGCUCCCGAGGGGAUUAGGAGGUCUGGGUGACAGGACGGUUUGGCAGGGCUGGUUGAGCUGUCCUGAGACUGCCCUGGUCCUGUGAACUCUGCCCCCGCCCCACCUCCAAGUGCCUGAAUCUCCUGCAGGAAACCUUCCUCAGCAGCGUGCUCCGUCAGAGCCAUGCAUGCAGUUACUACUUGUUUACUUAGUCACUCAGCAAACACAGGCACCUCCUGGGGUGAAGCUGAGGUCAGAGCAGACACACAGGUGACACCUGCCCCUCCUGCAGUGUGCCUGGCUUUGCACAGAGGCCAGCCUUGUGACUUCAGAGCACAGUGCCGUGGUUUGAGUGCAGGGAGUGGGGAGCCGCUGUCACCGGGAAGAUUUUCAGUGUUCAGCCAGGGGAGAAACCUGGGGAUGGCCCUCUAGGCAGGUGGGCAGGAGCAUGGAGAUGGGGCGAGCCUGACCAGAGGCAGGCCUGGGUGUGUGGCUUGGAGUGCAUGGGAGGGCGUGGGGGCUUGGCAAGGGCAGUCCCUGGGCGCAUUAAGCAGGGAGGAAUGGGGCGAGAUUUGCUGGUUCUAUACACACACUGUCUCCCACGUACCAGCCAGGAGCUGCCUGUGCUGGUCUUCGGACCUCACCCAGCAUUCUGCUCAGAGAAGCAAUGCUGUUAGGGUGUGGGCGUCACAGGAGAUGGGGGGUGGAGCACUUGGAUAGGAUCACAGGGGGCUCCCCUGGCCCUGCUGCUGCAGACACAGCAUCUGGGCCCUGUUCUCAGUGUGCUGCCAGUGUGGAUGCAGUGGUCAUUUCUGUCUGGACCCCGGCCCAGGCAGCAUGGUGCCUUAAGGUCCACCUGGGUGAGGAUUCUGCCCCUCCAGAGAUGACAGUAAGAGCAGAGUCUGCCCCGGUCUCCAGCAGGGGAUGCAAUGAAUGCAGCCAUCUCGCAGCCUGUGUUCUCCUGCCUUGCUGUGCCCAGCCCUGAGCUGCUUAGGGGAAGAGGCCUGGGGCAUCGCGUUGGGGCACAGAGAAUGAGGACUGCUCCUCGGGGGAUGAGGGCCAGAGCAGAGGAGUUCCCAAGAGAGAAGGAGGUAGGGAGCAUGGGGUCUGAGCCAGUGGGGACCCAGGUCUGUGUCUGGUGGAGGCUCCUCCGUCAGGAGCCUCAGGGUCGCAGGCGGGUCACUGGGCACAGUAAUUCCUGUAAAUGGCACUUGGGUGGCACCCUCCUGAGGCUGUCACUCCCUGAGCUCCCUGGCGGCCAGGAAGGUGAAGGCAGUGAGAUCUGUGCACACCUGUGUCCGGGCGCCGUGGGGGAACCCAGACGCCUCCCUCCCCUGUGUGCUCUCAGGUGGCCCCUGAUUCCAGAGGUGUAGCCCUGGGUUCAGGCUGUUGGAGCCGGAGCUGGGCUGUGCAGCCUCAAAGCGUGUGUGGUACAAUGGUUGCUCUCGACAGAGCUGUCUGAUGCCGAAUAACUCAACUUCUCAGAAUCCAUACGUAAUCUGGGGCUUUGUCCCUGGCGUCACCCUUCUUGGGAAAUCCGAGUGAGUUGUUUGCGGACAGAGAGUCCGUUGUGCAGCUGACGUCUCUGCAUGCAGUGGGGGAAACCAGAUACCCGCACGGCGGAAUGCCAGCCUCACCACUGCCUGCUCAUCACCGGGUGGUACUGAGGCUGGCAGAGGAGGAUGCAGUUCUGCCGCGUGGGAGGGAGCUGGGGUGCCAGAGAGACGGAGGCAGUGAGGAUGGUCUGUCCACUCGUGGGCACUGGCCUCCUGCACUCGGGCAGGGCACACUCCCACGUGUGCAGAGUCCGUGUGCUCCUGCGAGGAGUGGAGCCUAGGGGCGGCUCUGGGGGCCGAGUUGUGUUCUCGAGUGCUGGAGGACUCCUGAUUGUGGAGCAAGGGGCCAGGAGAGGGAUGCAUGAAACCCAACGAUGGAGGCGGCCCUCUGGCUCUUCCACCACCACCCCACUCGGCCUGCCUGUCUCCCCUCCCCCCGCCCCCUGCCAAGCUGGUGCUGCUUUACUCCAUAAGGUUAGAGGAAAUGGAAGACAAUCAGGUCGUCAGCUCAGGCCGCUUCCAGAUGGGAUCCUGAGGCCAGAACACUAAAGUGCAAAGCAAGGAGAGGGAGCAGGGACUUGGAGAUUACAGGGUGGAGAGGAGGGGGGUGCACAGGCUGAGGCCAGCAGCCCUGGGCUGGGGCCAGCAUUGUUGCACAGUGGUUGCGCUGAAGCUUAACCAUGUUGGAGCACCAUUUUGAGUCCGAGCUGCUCUGCUUCCAAUCCAGCUCCCUGCUAAUGCAGGAAAGCAAAGGGAGAUGGCUUAAGCACUUGGGCCCCUGCACCCAUGUGGGAGAUCUGAGAUGCCGAGAGUUGAGCGCUCACCUAGACUGGGGAGACCAGCAGUUCCUGGCAGGAGGGCAGCACCUGAGUGCUACACGUGAGUGGUGAUACACGUAUCAUGCAACACCUGACGACCACAGGACGAGUGCCCAGUGUCCACACACAUGCAUGUAUCACGCAACACCUGACACCACAGGACGAGUGCCCAGUGUCCACACACAUACAUGUAUCACGCAACACCUGACACCACAGGACGAGUGCCCAGUGUCCACACACAUACAUGUAUCACGCAACACCUGACACCACAGGACGAGUGCCCAGUGUCCACACACAUACAUGUAUCACGCAACACCUGACACCACAGGACGAGUGCCCAGUGUCCACACACAUACAUGUAUCACACAACACCUGACACCACAGGAUGGGUACCCAGUGUCCACACACACAUACAUGUAUCACACAUCCAUUGUCCACACACAUACAUAUAUCAUGCAACACCUGACGACCACAGGACGGGUGCCCAGUGUCCACACACAUACAUGUAUCACGCAACACCUGACACCACAGGACGAGUGCCCAGUGUCCACACACAUACAUGUAUCACGCAACACCUGACACCACAGGACGAGUGCCCAGUGUCCACACACAUACAUGUAUCACGCAACACCUGACACCACAGGACGAGUGCCCAGUGUCCACACACAUACAUGUAUCACGCAACACCUGACACCACAGGACGAGUGCCCAGUGUCCACACACAUACAUGUAUCACGCAACACCUGACACCACAGGAUGGGUACCCAGUGUCCACACACACAUACAUGUAUCACACAACCAUUGUCCACACACAUACAUAUAUCAUGCAACACCUGACGACCACAGGACGGGUGCCCAGUGUCCACACACACAUACAUGUAUCACGCAACACCUGACGACCACAGGAUGGGUGCCCAGUGUCUACACACAUACAUGCAUCAUGCAACCUCUGACACCACAGGACGGGUGCCCAGUGUCCACACACACAUACACGUAUCAUGCAACACCUGACGACCACAGGACGGGUGCCCAGUAUCCACACACAUACAUGUAUCACACAACACCUGACACCACAGGACGGAUGCCCAGUGUCCACACACAUACAUGUAUCAUGCAACACCUGACACCACAGGACGGGUGCCCAGUGUCCACACACAUACACGCAUCAUGCAACCAGUGUCCACACACAUACACAUACCAUGCAGCACCUGAGGACAGGUGCCCAGUGUCCACAUACACACACAGAUAUCGUGCAACGCCUGAUGACCACAGGACGGGUGCCCAGUGUCAGGACACACCGUACCCACAGCAGAGGGCGCACCAGGCCUGGGCCCCGGCCCUCCUGGACUCACCUCCCUCCCUCUCCCUGAGCCUGCCUGCUGCUCCAGGGUCUCAGGAGCAUGGCGCACCCUGGCUGUCCCUGGGGCCGCUGAGCUGCUGGUGUAGGGAGAGGUCCUGUGUUUAUUGGAGGUGCUCCAGACCGGAGGCAGAGCACAGUGCCCAGCCGAUGGCGGCCCCCUGGCUGGAAGCCAGCAGCUGCCCUUUCUCUGGGCUCCUGUCACUCUCUCCACGGCUUCCCCACACUGUCUUUUCAGGAGGCAGGGAAGACAGCCCUUGGGUUCGAGAUUCAGGAGUGUGGUGUUGA